AUGGGAGAACAGACUGUUCAACAUGAUGACAGCGAGUACCGUGGACGGGCUCUCCCUUUCAACAAUGGCAUGAUCCGUUUUUCUGCAAAGUACACCCUGCACUGGACGGAGCCCUGGCAGGGAGAUCGAGUUGUGCUUGUUUCAUACACCAUUCGUCAAUCCGAGCAUCUUUCCUCUGCAGACCGGCUGUUGUUGCAGCAGGCCAAGUUUGCAUUGCCUGGGUCGCGGGCCCUGUCACUUCGUGCCCCUUCCCCUAAGGCUCCUUGGGCGCUUGAAUUGUUCUCGGGGAAGGGUCGGAAGGGUCGCCUCUCCCAGCAGCUUCUGCGCGCUCUCUCUUCGCCUACAGAAGGGCCCCGGCUGGAGGAGGCGAACCGCCUUUACAAAUUUGCCUUUGAUGUUGCUGCCUUCUGCAUCAAGCAUGACAUUGCUUUCUGCAUUGAGAAUCCCCCAGGCUCGCAUGUGUGGCAAAUUCUGGCUUCGCUGGCCAAAGCUUCCGAGGACCCCCUUUUGGCGAGCCAUUGGGGGCGAUUGGAGUCGGUCUCCUUGCAUGCUUGCAUGUUUGGGGCCACUAGAGCCAAGCCCAUUCGUCUCUUGUGUCCUCGGGGCCUGUUCACUCGUCUUGCACGGCCAUGCGAUGGUCAGCACUUCCAUAAGCUGUGGUUACAUCGAAGGUCCUGUGCUGAAGUUGCUGAGGAUGCCUCCUACCCACUCGACCUGUGUGCAACAAUGAUCGCCCAGCUCCUUGACUUCUUGCGAGGCCGGUGCAAAUCCCUCCCGGUGGCCCCACGGUUGCAUGAUCAUUCAUUGGCAUCCCUCGGUGUGCAACCGCGGCGCUUCAGACCUUUGAUCCCCGAGUACCGCGAGGUUCUUUGCCUGCCCCGUGCCCAGCCGCUGCCACCUGGGUCAAAGGUUCUGUCCUCUAGCCAGCUGCAGGGGGUGAGUGAGGUCCUAAAGGAUACCUCUUAUCCAGAUCUGGACUGUGUGCGCUUCAUGAAGGAAGGGGUAAAGCUUGUGGGGUGCGAAGAGCACCCUGCAAGCUUCCCAAAGAAAGUAAUCCCGGCUACCUUGACAGAGGAGGAGCUUCGUGCCACUGCAAGACAAAGGCGAGAGAGCUUGGAAACCUUAGGGCGAGGCCACCUAUCGGAGGCCGACGCAAGCUUGCUAGCACAGGCUACCAACGAAGAGGUGGAGGCCGGGUUUCUAAACCGAGGCAUGACUGCAAAGGAGGUCAGUGACUUCUUCGGCCAUAGCAGUUGGGGUGUGGUGCGCCGCUUUGUCCUCAUCCAGGAUGGGGGACGAAAAGUUCGCGCAAUCGACGACUGCCUGGAGUGUCAGCUUAAUGCAGCGUACUCGGCAACCGUUGCCUUGCAGCUCCACGACUCCGACUACAUUGCUUCCCUUGCUCUCUUCAUUGCCGAGCGCCUUCAAAGCUCAAAGGCGAGUUCACGGGGCCCCUGGUUCGGCAAAUGCUUGGAUCUGCCUAAGGCAUACAAGCAGAUGGCAGUACACCCUAGGGACCGAGACUUGUGUGUCAUCAUGAUUCAAUCACCUUCGGGCGAGCCCACUUAUCACAUUUGCAAUUCGCUGAUGUUUGGGGCCUCGGCCUCAGUCUUCGCCUUUGUAAGGGUGAGUAAGACUCUGUGGUGGAUCAUGAACCGAUGCCUCGGAGUUCCGGGGGGGUGCUUCUUCGACGAUUAUCCAUUAUUUGCACCUGCGGCAGAGGCUGCAUCAGUGGACCGGGAUAUCUCCCGGAUGCUUGACUUGCUGGGGUGGAAGCAUGCAAAGUCAGGGGCCAAAGGGAAGCCUUUCGAGCCGUCCUUUGAUGUGCUGGGAAUGAGUCUAGACUUGGGAUCAAUCCGUGAAGGCAAAGUGGUGCUUGCUAACAAAGUCGGACGAGCCGAAAAGAUCUUGGAAAAGGUCGCAUUGGCUUCGUCGGGAAACGGCAGCUUUAGGCAGUCGCUUCAAGUGUUAAUGGGGCACCUAAACUUUGUUUCAGGUUUCUUCGCUGGGCGAGCUUUGCGCCAUGUGGCCUACGAUCUUAACCAGCUCAUGAGCGUGGAUUGCUUAUCUGCAAGAGAUCCUUUGACAGACUUGGCCAGCCGUGUUGCUGGCAUCUUGCAAAGCACACCUCCUCGGUCCUUACACUGCAGCCACACUCGUCAGCCCAUUUUGGUGUGGACCGACGGGUCGUGGGAAGGAGGCAAGGCUGGCAUAGGGGCUGUGGAGUGGGAUACCAAAUCCAAGUCCGGAGGAGUCUGGGCUGGGUUCGUUCCUAAGCGCAUAACGGACUUGUGGUUGAAAAGGAAUGAGCCAGAUGAGGAGCAGAUCAUAUCCCAGGUGGAGCUUUAUGCCAUGGCACUCAUUCGACACUUGAGGCAAGCAAAGUGGAUGCAUCGACGAAUUAUCCUUUUCUGCGACAAUGAAGCGGCGCGGUAUGCGUCCAUUAAGGGGGGCAGUAGCAGCUCCAGUAUGAACCUUUUGGUGCAGGCUUGGGAUCACCCAAACUUCUCGAGCCCAGCUUACAUUUGGGUGGAACGCGUAGCAUCCUACUCGAAUGUUUCCGACGGGCCAUCCCGUCAGUGCUCUGGAGAUGCCCUUGCCCUUGUCGGAGAAAGCGCGUGUCACUCUUUCGAUGCCACUCCCGAGCUGGAGGCGAUUCUUACAGGCAGGCGCAGAAUGUCCAUGGGGUGA